CAGGGAUCAUCCGACUGUGAUUAAACGGCGAUUCACAAGUGUCCUGAUUGUCUCGAUGCUGUCUCCAUUGUGGGUCUGGGCAUGGCGGCAGUACACAGGUUUCAAGGUCCGUCGCUGCUGAUGCUAAUGGGGGUCCAUUUGGAGGGGAUCUUUGCUGCUGCCUGCCUUCCACUCUUACUGACCAUGGUACUGUUCUUUGGGCCACUGAUACAGCUGGUCAUGGACUAUCCGUGGGAUUUCAUUGAAGGAAUGAAGAUGACGCUAGAUCCACAGUUCUGGGUGCAGUGCAUGGCAGACAUGCGUUGGAUGAGGAAUCAGGUGGUGGCUCCCCUGACGGAAGAGCUGGUGUUUCGGGCGUGUAUGCUACCAAUGCUAGUACCUUGCACUGGCCUUAGCCGCGCCAUUGUCACCUGCCCGCUUUUCUUUGGAGUUGCUCAUUUUCACCACGUGAUCGAGCUCCUGAAGUUCAGACAAGGAACAGUCACUGGGAUCUUCCUCUCAGCAGCUUUCCAGUUUUCUUACACUGCAGUCUUUGGAGCAUAUACUGCUUUUAUUUUCAUCAGAACAGGUCAUCUGAUUGGUCCAGUGUUGUGCCACUCAUUUUGCAACUACAUGGGAUUCCCAGCAAUUGGCGCUGCCCUCGACCACCCUCAGAAACUCACCAUUUUUUUCUUCUAUGUACUGGGAGUCAUCCUCUUCCUGCUGCUGCUGUUUCCUAUGACGGACCCCACCUUCUACGGUAGCCUUGCCAUUUGCCACUUGACCAAGCCAGACACCAGCACUACAAUCUGCACCUGACCCCAUCUGCGGACUUGCCUGUUGCAUCUUUCUUUAUCUUUCUUUAUUCUCUCACGCUGUCUAAAAUUCAGGGAAUUCUCCAUCCAGGAGCUGGCAAGUGGACUGGGAAACAUCUCAGGAAUUUGGAAGUCUUGUUUGCGAAUCUGGAAUGGCAUGGAGGGGGGAAGAACAGGAAUACCAAAAGAACAGUACUUGAAAUCGGGUGUUUCAGGAGUCUCCGUUCUCGGCUACACGGGGAAAGAACAGAAGAGUCCUCCAUUUGGUGCAUUUUAACCCCCAACCCCACCCCUCCCCAUCUGAUGCCUCAUGAGACAAACUGACUACUCCCUU